CCAAUCAAGGGUUGAAGACGAAAAUCGCGGGAGCAUCGAAUAAAAGUAUCCUAAAUAAUAACGGUAGCUUUCAGUUAAAAAUUAAUUAUUUGUUUAUAUAGUUAUAAAAUUCAUAACUGCCGUGUAAGGUAAAACCUUUAAGAAAUGAGUAACGAAAGCGAACGAAAUACUCAUGAAAUGGUGGAAUUCAGGUAUAGUUGUCCUGUGUGCCUCUCACCCCGUCUGAAGAUGGUAACAGGAAUGUGUCAACACAGAAUGUGUACAGGGUGCUUGUAUAAUAGGGAGGAUGGUACUUUGAAAACGAGCAUGUCCAAAUGUCCAACAUGCCAAAAACCUGCUGUUUUUCCACUUAAAAGGCCUGACAUCCCAGAAGACAACAUUUUGAUUCAGAAGAUGUUAGGAGUGACACAGUGUCCCAAUACUAAUUGCUUUACAGAACUUUGGGAGUGGGAAUUAAGUGACCAUUUGAAGAAAUGUUCUCAUGCUCCAGUAAAAAUUGCAACCUUGAGAAGAAAAAGUCCAAGAAGUUCUAGGAGCAUGUCAGUGUUGUCUCCUACAAACAAUGAAACAAAGAUUUUUCAGCACAGAACACGAAGUCAAAGAUUGGCCAAACAGUGGGAAACUGUUUCAAACACUCACUUGAGAAAAUAAAAUGACAUGUUUUUGUACAUCUCGGUGAAAUAUUCUCCAGGAACUUAUAAGUCGUUAUAAUGUAAAAUGGAAAGUCUGUAAAAAGAUAUCUAAUUUUCACAGAUGUUCCAUUUUGGUGUGUGUGUAAAAAAUGUGAAUUUCAUUACUUAAUAUUGUACAUAAUGUAAAUGUUAUCCACUGUAACCUUCAGUUGUAAUUGGACUUUUAAUUUUUUCUUCA